AGAUUAAAAAUGGUCGCUGAAUUCAACAUAGUUAACUCUCUUAAAAUGUGUGAACCACUUAAUGCUGAACAGCUAGAAUGAAAAAAUGCCGUGAGGAUGUGAGAAUCCUCUUAAUCGGGGAUAGAAAUGUCGGGAAAACGUCGCUCAUUCUUUCCCUUGUCAGUGAGGAGUUUCCUAUUGAUGUAGCCGCCAGAGCCGAGGAGAUUACAAUACCAGGAGAUCUUACUCCAGAAAAGGUUCCGACAUGUAUAGUAGAUUAUAGCAGUAUAGAACAAACAGAUAAACAUCUGGAGGCAGAACUUGAAAGAGCUGAUGUAGUGUGUGUAGUUUAUGCUGUAGAUGAUGACGAUACACUGGAUAGUGUUACAGAACAUUGGUUACCAUUACUCAGGGUGACAUUAGGUGAGGAUCACAAGAAGCCUGUAAUCCUGGUGGGGAACAAGGUUGACAUGAUCGACUACUCCACCAUGGAGGCCGUUAUGCCCAUCAUGAACGACUUCGAAGAGAUCGAAACUUGUGUCGAGUGCUCAGCAAGAAAUCUCAAAAAUAUUAGUGAAAUGUUUUACUUUGCACAAAAAGCUGUUCUUCAUCCAUCAGCACCACUCUGGAACUAUCAGGAGAAGGAUUUAACGGAUCCUUGUAAGAAAGCGCUCUCCUACAUCUUUAAAAUAUGUGAUAUGGACAACGAUGGAGUUAUGUCGGACACAGAGCUGGCCAGAUUUCAACGGAAAUGUUUUAAUAUGGAUUUAGAAACAGGAACACUGGACAGUUUAAAGACGGUUGUUCAGAAGAACAGUUCGGAUGGAAUCCUUAACGACGGUUUAUCUCUUCAGGGUUUCAUUACUCUCAAUAGUUUAUUUAUACAGAGGGGUAGACAUGAAACCACCUGGACUAUACUCAGAAAGUUUGGAUUUGCUGAUAAUUUAACCCUUGACCCGGAAGUACUUAUACCGCCUGUACUUCCUGUACCUGGCAGUACAGCAGAGCUUACUAGUGCAGGCACAGAUUUUCUCCUUCAGAUGUUCAGUAAGUUUGACAAGGACAAAGAUCAAGCUUUAUCUCCACAGGAGCUGGUCAACCUAUUCUCUACAUGUCCUAGUAUGCCCUGGGGUCCACAGGUCUACCACCAGUCUAUAACCACAGAACGGGGUUGGAUAGGACUACCUGGAUAUGUGGCUCUAUGGCAUCUUACAGCAUUAACAUCUCCAGAAAAGUGUUGUCAGCUCCUGGCUUACCUAGGAUAUGAUUACCAUUCUCCGUCUACCCCCUUAACAUACCCAACCUUUACCAAAUCUUUAGUAUCAAUGUCAAUAGAUUAUUUUUUUUCUGGUAUGCAACAUAUACAUGUUCUUAAGGACAAAAAGAGUGAUGUUGCCAAGAGACAGACAAGUAAAUCGGUCUAUUCUUGUCUUGUUGUGGGCCCCAGGGACGCGGGGAAGACGACCUUCUGUCAGAGAUUCCUUGGUAAGAAGGAAGACGACGUGUUAAGUAUACCUCCCUCUGACCUACCCAGCUGUACUGUCAAUACGGUCACUGUGUACGGUCAGCAGAAACAUCUAGUCCUUAUUGAUACAGACGUAACCUGUGCGCAGGACAGCCUAUCCCCCCAGCAGACCGGAAGUGACGUCAUCUGCCUCGUGUAUGAUUCAUCCAAUCCUAGAUCCUUUGAAUACUGUGCCAGAAUAUAUCUGAGAUAUUUUGCUACUACCCAGCUACCUGUGCUAGUGGUAGGAAACAAGAGUGAUAAAGGAGUUGUGAGACAAGAUUAUAUUCUUCAACCUGAAGCUUUCUGUGCUAAACAUAAGCUUCCACCUCCACAGAAGAUGUCAACGAUAUCUAGUCAGAGUAAAGAAAUAUUUGUCAAGUUGGCUACUAUGGCAGCCUUUCCAAGAUUCCAGGCUGCUUGGAUGUUGUUCUACAGAGGAAGGCACUUGAAGCAGUUGGGACUAGGAGGAGAGGAUUCUGCGUAUAUAAAAUUCACCCUGGGGCUCGCAAUUAUUGCUCUUGGAGGAGUUUUUGCAUUUAGAUACUUUUCCGCCAGAUGAGAACCCAGUAAGAAGAAAGGCUGGCGUAGUUUCAAGAUAUUCGUAAUCCUCCAUCUUUUUUCUGUUCCAAAUUACAAAUGUAAAAUGCCAUUCAUAAACUUGUGAUCUUGCACAACAGUAGCCGCAAAACAAUACUCAAGAUAUUUUUUUUUUUUUUAAGCCAAGACAGCGGACAUUAGUUCCAUAACGGGGUUAAUGACAUUGAUGGUUAGAAUUGGGCCUAAUCGUGGUUUGAAACUAAUGUCCAUCGCAAUAGUAAGAACUGUUAUGAAUCUUAAUCCAUAAUUUUUAAUGAGCUUCAUUGUCCUAAUUUAUCUUGCCAUGAUAAUUCCAUUCAGUUGUUUUAAUUCAUUCUAGAAUGUUUCGUGAUAUUUUAUUUGAUAUUAGAUUUUCACUCUUGCUUAAAAUAAAAUUGUUAAAGUUGAA